CACAGUUAUUGCGUUCACAGCUUCAACACCAAUGAGGAAGAGAACAUUAAAUCUUCAUCAUGGCUCCAUCAGUGCUCCUGCUGCUCCUCGGCCUGCUGAGCUCUUCCUCCUCCUCCUCCUCCUCCUCCUCCUCCUCCUCGCUGCCUCCUCCACGGACCUCCUUCAGCCUCCACUCUGCAGAGCGGCGUCUCGUCUUCAGCCUCCCUGAUGUCCACAACUACAGCACACUGUUGCUAGGCAACAAUGGUUCCACCCUGUACGUGGGGGCCCGGGACGCAGUGCUCUCAUUGGACGUCAGUCAGCAUGAUGUCAUCACCCUGAAGAAAAAGGUGGAGUGGAGUCCGUCUAGCAAAGAAAUAACCGACUGUCAUAAUAAAGGGAAGAACCGAACGGUCGACUGUCCGAACUUCAUCCAGGUGUUGCAGCAGAUAAAUUCCUCACAUCUGUACGUCUGCGGAAGCUUCGCCUUCAGCCCCCAUGAUGCCUUCAUCGACACUGAGACUUUCUCCAUCGCUCAAAGCCACGGCGCUAAAAGUCGCUGCCCGUUCAACCCGUUCCAGAGGAACUCCGCCAUCACCAUCGGCGGCGAGCUGUUCACCGCCACCACCACCGACUUCAGAGGAGUCAAACCUCAGAUUUCUCGUCACUUCAGCAAAGAUGGCCACCCAGACAUCAGCCAGGACACGUCUGUCAACUUAUUGGAAGAGCCGACCUUCGUCAGCUCGUCGUUGGACCCUGAAGACGGGAAACUCUACUUCUUCUUUAGUGAAGUUGGGAAAGAGUUCAGCUUCAUCGAUGAGCUGCGAAUCGCUCGAGUGGCUCAAGUCUGCAAGGAUGAUGUUGGAGGAGAGAGGACUCUACAGAAGAAGUGGACGUCCUUCGCCAAAGCUCCUCUGCUCUGCCAGUUUCCAAAAGAGCUUCCCUUCAACCUCCUGCAGGACAUGUUCACCCUCCGGCCAGCAGAGGGCAGCACUACCUCAGACACUCUGUUCUACGGCGUCUUCACCUCCCAGUGGUCAUCGGCUCCGCAGUCGGCAGUGUGCGUCUUUAAGCUGCAGGACUUCAGGAUCGUGUUUUCUGGGAGCUAUAAAAGUUUUGACAUGGAAAGCCACCAGUGGAGUCUACAGCAGGGGAAACAUCCGUAUCUGGGAAAGUGUGGACAGGACAGAGAUUCAGACUCUAUCUUAGCAGAGGUGAAGAAGACUUUCCUGACCAGCGACAGCGUGAAACCAGCCGGAGACGCUCCCAUCUUUGUUUCUUCAGAGCAGAGCUACAGUCGAGUGGCUGCCAUGACGACCAAAGCAGCCAAUGGGAAAGAGUAUACCAUCCUUUUCCUACUGAGCGAGUCUGGGUUCCUCCACAAAGUGGCUUUGCUUGAUCAGGGUCCACGGGUCAUUGAGGAGAUUCAGGUCUUUACACAACAUCAGCUUAUUAAAAACAUCGUCCUCUCCUCCCCAAAGGGAGUUCUUUAUGUUGGGACAUCAGAGGGUGUGACGGCCGUCCCCGUCGCCAAAUGCUCCGUCUACCGAAGCUGCAUCCAGUGUGUCCUGGCCAGAGACCCUUUCUGUGGAUGGAGCCGCACCAGGAAGCUCUGCACUGCUCCAGACAGCAGUGCUGACAACAUGAUUCAAAUCCUGGACAACGGCAACGUGGAAGAGGAAUGUGAUGGACAGACAGAGGCCAGCGCGAACACAGAAAUCAACGUUAAUUUGAACGAAGUGGUGACGCUCGAUUGUCUGAAACCUUCCAACCUGGCCACCCUCAUCUGGACUUCACCUCGAUUCAAAGUCCUGCCGAAGAAACUCUUCAUCCAAUCGGCUGAGGGCAGUCUGAUCUUCCAUGCCAGCACGGCCAGCUAUGGGACCUACCGCUGUGAAGCAGAGGAAGGCGGGCACAAGCAAGUGGUCAAAAGCUAUUAUGUCCAACAGAUUGGUUCUCCACAUCCCAGAAGCCCCCCUCCGGAGGUCGACCAUAUGCCUGACAUCAAAGAAGAGUCUGACGAUGAGAGCAUAAUGACCGAGGUACCGAUGGUCCCCGUGAUGACACCUGUAGGAGACCCAGAGGACAACCUGACACAGAACAAAGGUGCUGAAUCCACUGUUACCAAAGACAAGGCCAAAACUAACAAUGAAGAGCCUACAAUUAAAAACACGUCUCAUGGUGGUGGUUUGGACUCCACAAGAGAUGCUCAGUCCUGGAAGGAGCAGCUCAACGCUCCAACAAAGAGCUACUACAGUGAGCUGGUUGUUGUUUCUCUCCUGCUGGCAGCCUGCAUUUUGAUCCUGAUGCUCGCCGGGCUCCACGUGUGGCGCGAGAGGCAGAAAAACUCUAAACUUGAUGGUCUCAGCAGUCCAGAGGAUGGAGGCAAGGUGAACAAAUGUAUGGAGAGUGUUCCCGCUCUGAGCUGUGCAGAGGAUGCUGGACCUGAGCUGAGGGUGUAGUAAUGCGGUUUUAAUGAUGGACAUCUUCAAUUCAAUAUUUACUGGUUCAGCUAAAGAGAAACAAAGAGAGCUUGUGUCCUGAUAUUUAAAGACACUGUCCAGAACAAACAGAUCCAGACUGGAAACGAGAGGAAAGUCUGAUUUCUGCUAACCUACAGCACAGUAAGCAUGUUAGCUCAGUGUUUCAAAGUUUAGUUAAAAGCUGAAGACAACUUUGACUUUCAUAUGAUCGAUAGCACAACUUCCUUAAAAAACAAGCUAACCCUUCACAAUAAAAGCUCUCUGUAUAAAGUUAUUAGUGCAGCACAGUAGUUACUGUUAACCAGCUAACUAAAGAUUAGCAUCAUCCUGUAGCUUCAGCACUAACUGAAUUAGCAUUAUUAUUCUGGUCUCAGUCUUUAAAUUCAGACCCAUAAGAAAUUCUCUGUUAAUAAGAAUUAAGGACUUAUAGCAGCUUUGAUAAGGGAACCAAGUUUAACAUUACUGUUAGCACAAUUUAGCUAAAGUAGCUAAUGUUAGCUUGUGGUUCAAUCAGCUCCAAACAUUACGUACAGGAAAUGUUUCAUUACAUCAUUACAACUAGAUACUAAAUCUUAUGAACUUAUUAAUAUGCAAGGCAGCUUUAUUUAUACCCAACUCCCUGUGCUUUACAUAAAAUAUAAACAUUUAACAGAAACAUUCAAAACAAGAAAACCCAAAAUAAUACAAAUAAAAACAAAGUACAGAAAAAUAGAAAGAGAAACAUAAAAUAAAAACUAGAGUAAAAUAGAGCAUAAACAGUGCAAAUGAAAGAUUGGUGGUGGAGGGUUCGGGUCCCUUUUCUCUUAAGGUGGCCUCCAACCGAGAACUGAUAAAUGUACCGUUAGCCCAAAUAGCUAACGUAACGUUAGCCCAAAUAGCUAACGUAACGUUAGCCCAAAUAGCUAACGUACCGUUAGCCCAAAUAGCUAACGUACCGUUAGCCCAAAUAGCUAACGUACCGUUAGCCCAAAUAGCUAACGUACUGUUAGCCCAAAUAGCUAACGCCGUGACUGCAGGAAAUUUGUGUGAAACAAGAAAUGUUUAUGA